CAGGAAUGUGGAAGGCGGCGGCCGCGGCGCUAGUGCCAAACUUUGGGGAAUGAUAGCGGGCGCUGUAUGGGAGCCGCUGUUUGAGGGAAGUACCAUCGCUGGACGGCCUUGCAUUAGCAAUUUACACGUUUUCAGAAAACCACCUGAGACUGGAGAGCUUGGAUUCGGGCAGUAUUUAAAAGAGAAAAUACGGCUUUUAUCACAACGUUUAAGCCAUGUCGGAGGACCUGAGCUCCCAAACCUGGUCCAUUAACAAGGAUGACUAUGAACUACAAGAGGUCAUAGGAAGUGGAGCCACAGCAGUCGUCCAGGCCGCUUAUUGCGUUCCCCGCAAGGAGAAGGUCGCCAUCAAACGCAUCAACCUGGAGAAAUGCCAGACCAGCAUGGACGAGCUCCUGAAAGAGAUUCAGGCCAUGAGCCAGUGCCACCAUCCUAACAUCGUGUCCUACUAUACCUCCUUCGUAGUGAAAGACGAGCUGUGGCUGGUUAUGAAGCUUCUCAGCGGUGGCUCUGUGCUGGACGUGAUAAAACACAUCAUCUCACGAGGGGAGCACAAAACCGGAGUGCUGGACGAGCCCAGUAUAGCCACCAUUCUGAAAGAGGUUUUACAAGGACUUGAGUACUUACACAAAAACGGGCAGAUACACAGGGAUCUGAAGGCUGGAAACAUCCUGCUGGGGGAAGACGGCUCUGUUCAGAUCGCAGAUUUCGGCGUAAGUGCCUUCUUAUCCACCGGCGGUGACAUCACCAGGAAUAAAGUGCGCAAGACGUUCGUCGGGACGCCAUGCUGGAUGGCUCCUGAAGUCAUGGAGCAGGUAAAGGGUUAUGACUUUAAAGCAGAUAUUUGGAGUUUUGGGAUCACAGCCAUCGAGUUGGCCACAGGAGCUGCUCCCUACCACAAAUACCCUCCUAUGAAAGUGCUGAUGCUGACCCUGCAGAACGACCCUCCUUCCCUGGAGACGGGAAUCACGGAUAAAGAAAUGGUAAAGAAGUACGGCAAAUCCUUCAGGAAGAUGAUCUCACUGUGUUUGCAGAAGGACCCGGAGAAAAGGCCAACAUCAUCGGAGCUCUUAAAACACAAGUUCUUCCAGAAAGCGAAGAAUAAUGAGUUUCUACAGGAGAAGUUAUUACAGAGAGCACCUACAAUAUCAGAGAGGUCAAAAAAGGUAAGGCGGGUCCCCGGCUCCAGUGGCAGGCUGCAUAAAACAGAAGAUGGAGAAUGGGAAUGGAGUGAUGACGAGUUGGACGAGGAAAGUGAGGAAGGCAAAGCUGCUGUCGCUGCUUUACGGGAGCAGUUGCCCAAGUCUGCUAGCGCUCCACGGCGACAAGUUCGCUUCUCUCAGCCUUUGGAAGUUCCUCCAGAUAGGUCUCCAAGAGUAAAGGAGGGCACUUCGAACUCCGAGCAACUUUUCCAGCCAGCGGAGCCCUUCGGCAGUCACCUCCAGACGGGAGGACCUCCUGCCCAACCCGAUUUACCUCAGUCUGGUGGACAGGCCGCGCCGCCCUCACAGUCCCCGCCUGCUCCUGCUAACCCCGCCCAGGUCCUUGUCCCUACCCCUGCUCCAGUCCCGGUUCCUGCCCCUGUCCCUUUCUCUGCCAGCGAUGCCUCCAAGUCUCCCAUCAGCCUGGUGUUGAGGUUGAGAAACCUGAAGAAGGAGCUCAACGACAUACGAUUCGAGUUUAUGCCUGGACGAGACACGGCAGACGGAGUGUCCCAGGAGCUGGUGUCUGCAGGGCUGGUAGACGGGAGGGAUUUAGUUAUAGUUGCUGCUAAUUUGCAGAAGAUAGUCGACGAGCCUCAAGCCAAUAAAAAUGUCACUUUUAAGCUGGCAUCUGGCGUCGAAGGCUCCGAGAUUCCCGACGACGUCAAACUCAUGGGAUUUGCUCAGCUCAGUAUCAGUUAAAGUUUGCCUCCAUGCAGGGACCAUGACUUGCCUAAAAAUGUGAAAAACAAAAAAAACAAACACAAAACAACAACAGAAACCCAACACCACACCAAUAGAAUGACCCAUUCAAUCCCCUGGCCACUGUUUGAGAAACCACUUCUGCCAAAGAAAAGCGUAGCGUGUCGUGAGCCCAUAGGAUUAAAACCUCAGACCCUCCUCCAGCUGUGGGAGGCCCUGGGGUGAAAGGAUGAGAUCAGAGUCUAUAGGAAUCUCUCGACUAAAGUUUACAGCGUAUAUGUAGAAGGAUUACACCCCCCCCCACUCACCAUCACCCACGUUGUGUUCGUUUCCAUUUUCUUUCCUGUUUCCUCCUGUAAUAUAUACGUCCCGACAUUUGCACAAUCUGAACUAACGCCCUAAAAUGUUGAUUCAUGUAACAAUGCCUUAUAUUCAAGAGCUACUGAAUGCAUGUCUAAAGAGAAAGACGUAUUUUUAUUUUCUAUUCUAGCCAAACUUUUUUUUUUUUUUUUUUUUUUUAUGGUUUCUGGUCAGCUAGCACACUUCGACUGAAGCCAGUGCCCUACUCCAGCACACUCUCCUAGCCUUAUCAUGACCAGAUGAAUCGACCAAUCAGCUUUCAGAAGCUUCUCACAAAUCACUGAUGUUAUGUUUUGUCUCUCCCUCCCUCUACCCCUCUCUCUCUCCCUCCCUCCCUCUCCUCAUCUCUCUCUCUCUCUCUCUCUCUCUCUCUCGCCCCCUCCAUCUCUCUCUCUCUCUCUCGCCCCCCCAUCUCUUUCUCUCUCCCUCCCUCUACCCCUCUCUCUCUCCCUCCCUCCCUCUCCUCAUCUCUCUCUCUCUCUCUCUCGCCCCCUCCAUCUCUCUCUCUCUCACUCUCUCUCUCGCCCCCCCAUCUCUUUCUCUCUCUCCCCCUCUCCCCCCCUGUAGCCAAACUUUUUUUUUUUAUGGUUUCUGGUCUGAAGGAAACAGCUAGCACACUUCGACUGAAGCCAGUGCCCUACUCCAGCACACUCUCCUAGCCUUAUCAUGACCAGAUGAAUCGACCAAUCAGCUUUCAGAAGCUUCUCACAAAUCACUGAUGUUAUGGGGUUUUUGUGUGUGUGUACAGCAUUCCUCGCCUGCGUGAUGCACUGGUUACUAUGGCAAUGCAAGCGUUCUCCCCUACGAGUCCCACACGAGUGGAUGCACACACAAGACACCGAACCAGAGGUGGACAAAUCGUUCAUUGUAGAACGACCACAGGGCACGUCCGAUACGCUUCGAUUAGCCGUAAAAACAGAAGAACAUAUUCAUCACGUUUUUGCGACCGCAUUUGAGUCGGUCACUGGGCAGCGUUUCUGCUGUGAUUCUCCCAAUGCAGCUAAAAGAUCUAUGAGUCUUGCUAGCUGUAUUGCUGCAUGUUGUCCAGCUGGCCAGGUAAAACACUGGUCAGUGCGUAACGGCAGAAAGCGUGCUGCAUUUCAGUAGGUGGCUCUGUCUAAACACAGCUACGUGUUAGUGUUACACUGAAAUCCGCGUCUUUUCCUUUCUCCGGAUCUUAACCCUACUUAUCACCCAGCCUGGUCAGAAAAUCUCUGCAUGUCCCAGGCUACUGAUUUGUCCACCUCUGGUCUUGAAUUUAUUGAGUUCAUUAAUCACUGGCAUGAGUCUCUCUCUCUCUCUCUCUAUCCCCCCUCCCUCUCUCCUCCCUCUCUCCUGCUCUUUCUCCCUCUCGCUCUCUCUCUCUCUCUCUGCCCUGUGCAAUCACUGAAGUUUUUUUCAGUUAUAAAGAUAUUUCCAUUUUUGUGUACAGUCUUGUGUGGAAAUCCCCCCCCUCUCUUCCCCAGUAUAUUACACAUGGCUCUGCCUGCAUCACUGCUCCAUAAAAAGAAGUUAUUGCUUUUUAUAAAACCAUGAAUGAUGUUCCUUGUGGAUGGAAAAAAAAAAGCAAACAAAAACCACGUGUCUGUCUUGCUGGUGUUACCGCCCUGUUCUCUCUCUCUCUCUCUCUCUCUCUCUCUCUCUCUCUCUCUCUCUCUCUCUCUCUCUCCUCCCCUCACUGAUGUGGCUGAACUUGAUCUUCAGAUUUUUUUGUCUGUAAAUAACAUGAUUUUUAUUGGUUGUGUCACUCAUUGCCUUUAAAACCACGUCCCCUAAGACAUCCCCAUAACCUGGCUCUCUCUCUCUCUCACACACACACACACACACACACACAUACACACACAGUCUUUUUUUGGUACACACCAAUCUUCCAAAGCACACCGAACUCUUCAGUUCUUCACCCGCUAAAAAACCCUGACCGGAGCACACAGAGCCGUUCCCUCGCCGUGUGGAGGAGGUCUGUCUGAUGUAAUAACCCCGCCCCCAAACACUGAAUGUAACUCCGUAACUCAUCACCACACUGGCAGGACAGUGAGCAGCCGCUCAGCUUGCUUUAGCGCAUUAACAUCGAGCAUUCUUUCUUCCUUUUUCUUUUCUCUUUUAUUUGAUCAAGUCCUGAAAUAAUAAUAUAGUGUUCUACAAGCAACGGUAAGAAUCCGACAGGUUUACGCACGAGAGACGGCCGUCGCUCGCCUUCCAUCCGACCCCCGAGGCUCACGUGAACACUGGGGUGGGAAAAGUGGGGGGAAUUUUUUUCAUACACAUACGUGAAGAUUGGACCAUGUCUCCGUUCGUUUUUGGGCAGAAAUCCAGUAUUUCUCUGAUAUUCCUAUUUAUAGUAUGAGUUUCCUAAUCAUGGCCUUUGGCGUUUAAUUCACUCUCAAUCGCUCCAGGCACUUAGAUUGAAUGAAAAAUAAAUCAAAUGUAAUAAUUGAAUAUUUAGAAUCAAGUACCCUUGUAUGCCGAUGUCGUGAAUUCCAUUAAAAAAAUAGAAAUAAAAUCUUUAAAAAAAAAGGAGAUAAAACCUUUAUUGUGCCAUUCACCAGCAUUAUUAGAAUAUCCAGUAAAAUCUGAUUGAUGAUGUUGUCCCCUGUUUUGUUGUAUGCUUCACACACACACACACACACACUCACUCUUACACACACACAGCCCUUUUUUUUAUUUGCUGAAAUGUAUUAUAGCAAUGCUGUAGUGUUUGGACAGACGGCCUUCACACUCAAAUGAUUACAGGCAAUAACAUCCACAUGUAAGAUAUUUAAUUUUUUUUUUUUUUUUGCAUUAGGAUUUUAUUUUAUUUUCGCUCAUUGGCACUCUUGUUGGUUUUGAACUUGGAUGCAUGUUUCUCUGAUUAUUUUAAAAAUCAAUAAAGAAUGAACAUAUCAGCUUGUGAAUCA